AAAAAAGUAAUGAAGCAGGAGAGUCAUUGUAGAGUAGGACCAAGUCAAGUUACUAAAUAAAGUACUCCACAAUUGUAUGGAGUCACAUAUUUGGAAAGCCAAAGGCAGAAUAUAGUUUUAGAUUGUAGUCCAUUGAAGAAGCCGAGAAACAUGGCUUAAAAAAAGGUGGCUGCGCGCGCUCUUAUAUAUUCCUCGUUGCUUUGCAUUCGCGAAAUCAACACAUGAAAAACACAAGAAUGGCUCAACUUGAGAGGAGAAAGAAAUUAUCAGAAAGCAGCCCUAAAUCGCCUAAAUCUCAAACGUCACCCACUUUCGACCAGCUCCUAAGAGUUGAAGAGGCAUACUGGUCAUCAAAUGUGUCGCCCGGCGGUAGAGCAUGCCAUGAUCAUGAAGUGUGCCCCAGCCAUUGCACUUCCGGCGACAACAAGAAGUCGGUUCUCUCUAAGGUCAAGGACACGGCCAAGAAGCUGAGGCACAGUAUCAGCGGCCGCCGCAAGAACGGCAUCGAAUUCCACGACCACGACCACGACCACAACUACCACCACAGCCACGUCCACAACUACCAACAUAGCCACGACCAUAACCGCGGCCUGAGCCAUGGCCAUGGACAUAGCCACAGCCAAAGCCACAGCCACGACCACGACCACAUUACCCCUUCUUGGGGCGCUACGGUGGAAGAUGACUACGAUCAUGAACAAGACUAUGAUCCAGAAUAUCUUGGCGCUCCAAUGUAUGAGUCAGAAGCAGCACCAGACUGUCUGAAGGAGACGGCGAGGCAGCACCCGAGGGCGGAGCCUGUCGUGUCCGCGAGUCAUAGGGCACCAAACAUGAAUUACGAAGCAGCAUUGCAAAGAAAUGAUAAACCUGUGACCCCAAACACGGGAGUGAUUACAAACGCGACUCACGCUGUAGCUGAAAAACUGGCUCCAGCGUGUGCUGCUGUGUCUGAUGCAGCUCACAACACGACUCAAACUAUAGCCAACAAGCUGGCUCCAGCCUGUGCCACUGUGUCUGAUGCAACUCACAAAGUUAACACCAACAUGAUCACCAACACUACUCACGCUGUCGCCGACAAACUGGCUCCAGCCUGCGCUGCUGUGUCCGAUGCAACCCACAACAUUAACACCAACGUGAUCACAAACACUACUCAUGCUGUCGCUGAAAAACUGGCUCCAGCCUGUGCUGCCGUGUCUGAUGCAACCCACAAUAUUAACACCAACAUGAUCACAAACACUACUCAUGCUGUCGCCGACAAACUGGCUCCGGCCUGCACUGCCGUGUCUGAUGCAACCCACCAGAUUGCUAGUAAGAUUGCUGGCAUUGCUGUUACAUCUCCGGAAACACAACCGAUUCAGGGAGCUAAAGCAAAACUAAUGAGUGAGGAUGCGGGAAACCUGAAAGCACAGCUAAUUGUGAGUGAGAAUGCAGGAACCCUGAAGCAAUAUGCGACCGGCAGUCCUCAAACAUACGACAAAGGAGUUUCUGUGAAGGAGUAUUUCUUGAACAAGCUGGAGCCUGGAGAAGAUGAAAGAGCACUCUCACAGGCUAUAACAGAGGCCAUCAGUCCCAGGAAAAGCACCGGGGAGACAGGUGUGGUGGAUAAGGUAAAAGAGGCCGUCACUUCGUUUUUCAGGCAGGAGGAGGCCUCCAACUCAAUGGGAAAAUCUGCAGGCUCAAUUUCUGAUGCCCCUGCUUCUUCAGAAGUAGAAACAAUUGCUAAACUGAACCGCAUGGCUUCAACCCAUGCAGAUAAAUCUGCAACUGCAAGCCCAUCUUUUUCUGCCCUUGACACUUCAAACACUCCAACGGUCGUUCAACAGAAACGUGUUACUUCAAUCCAUGAAAAACCUGCAAGCCCAUCUCCUGCUACUCCUGACACUUCAGUUAUUCCAAGGAAUGCUCAACUGAACCGCAUUAAUUCAGUCCAUGUUCGUUCUACCAAAGUUUUCACAGACAGUACCAACAACUCGCCCCUUAUCCCAGUGUCCACCAAUGCUCAUGAAGUUUAUGAGGAAGAAAACCAUGGAAAGAUUCUCCAAGCCAACUGAAGGUUCAUAUGCAGCAAGUUGAACAACCCACUGAGCAGAGCAAAAUUUAGUAUAUCAUUUUCGCUUUUGUGUAAUUUUUUGUUUUAACCCGCCUGUGUUUAGGCUGAGGUUUAGAGCCUUACUCCCACUAAUUUGUAAUACUGAAAAGAAAAUGCAGAAAAGCUCAGCCUUUUUGGAUGAAGGAGAAAAGUAGGAGCUAGUCUAGAUCUCUUGACAUGUGAUACUUGUAACAUGCAUGUCUUUGCAUGCUAAAAGCUCAUCCAUACUUGGAGAAAAAAUGAUAUUGGUAAGUGUAGUUUUGAGGAAGUAGAAAAUUAUUUUGGGCAUAUAUUGAGAAAGUUACAGGGCUGAGUUUUAAGUACACUGCAUGUUUCCUUAUUUAAAGGAAACAUAAUCAUUAGAAAUCAGGAAACUAUUCCUACCAAUUCACAUCUAUAUUAAGUUAUUAACUCCCUAAUUCCAGAAUAUACACUUUCCUUAUAUACAUAAACUGACACACCCUCAAGUUGGGGCAUAUAAGAGAGUAUGCUAUCUUUUUUUU